UACCAUUCGUUAACGUCCAUCAAAUUAUCUUCUGUCCAUUUACCUAGUACUCUGAAAGCAUUAUAGAGCUAGAAUUAUAACAUAUAACUACUGAGCUGUACUUUACAGGAAAGUCUUCAGAAACAUUACCCAUAGUUCUCAGUCUUGUGGGAGGCAUAAUUCUGACAUUAGCUCUUUGUCUGACUGUAUUGAGAAAAAGGGUUAAAUCUGUCAUUUAUGGGAGGCCAACAACUGCUAAUGCUGACAAUCAAGAGGGGCAUGGUUUUUCCUCGGAAUCUGGCUUGCUUAUGCAAGAGCAACAAUUUGUCUUCAGUUUAGACAUGCUAGCAGAAGCCACAGAAAAUUUUCAUGACAAAAAUAAACUUGGACAGGGAGGUUUUGGUGCGGUCUACAAGGGAAUAACUAGAAAUGGAAAUGAGAUAGCUGUGAAAAAGCUUUCUGCGAAAUCUGCACAAGGAAACAAAGAAUUUAUGAAUGAAGUGAAACUGGUGGCUAAUGUUCAACACCGAAACCUUGCAAAGCUGCUAGGAUGUUGUGCUGAGGGAAAUGAAAGACUUCUUGUUUAUGAGUAUUUUCCUAACAAGAGUUUGGACACAAUCCUCUUUGAUUCAGAGAAGGGUAGAGAGUUAGAUUGGGAAAAGCGUUGUAACAUCAUCAUUGGAAUUGCACGUGGGCUUCUCUACCUUCACGAGGAUUCACAGCUGCGAAUUAUUCAUAGAGAUAUUAAAGUAAAUAAUAUUUUACUUGAUCACAAACUAAAUGCAAAGAUAGCUGACUUCGGUUUGGCCAAACUUUUUCCUGAAGAUGAGACACAUAUUCAUACAGGAGUUGCAGGCACAUAUGGUUACAUGGCUCCAGAGUAUGCAAUGCGAGGGCAGUUGUCAAUUAAAGUAGACAUUUAUAGUUUUGGAGUGGUGGUCCUUGAGAUCAUCAGUGGAAGGAAAAACAUUGAUACUGAGCUUCCACAUCAUAUGCAAAACCUGUUGGAAUGGGCAUGGAAACUAUUCAAUAGAGGAAAUGCGCUGAAUCUGGUGGACUCAAAGGCAUCACAAGUCAGCCAGGAGCAAGCCUUAAGAUGCAUUCAUGUUGGGCUUUUGUGCGUACAGGCUGAUGCAACACUUCGUCCAGUUAUGUCUAAUGUUAUUAUGAUGCUGUCUAGUAGUUCAGUGACAUUGACAAAUCCCUCAAACCCUGCUUUUAUAAGUAAUAGCAAAAGCUACGUUUCAACAUCUAAAUCAAAGUCGAGCUCGGGAUUUGAAGAGUACGAGAGACGAACAACAUCUCAGACGACAUCAGGGACGACUACCUCUUCUUUCCAAAGGAUUCCUUCUAUAAAUGAAACCUCGCUCACUCAAAUGCAAGCAAGGUGAUCUCUAACAAAAUCCAUAUUUGGAUUCUACGCUGCCCAUAAUCAACAGAAACUUUACCUGAGUAAUAAUUAAGCCCUAUCGAUAGUACUCAAUACUAUCGUACUUAUUUGGUAAAGCAGAAUACGGGGCCGUAAACUUGAUAUUCCCGGCGAGUAGUUGCGGAGAAAGAAUAUCGUGUAUUGCGAGGGAUUAACCAGGGGAGAUUAGAUGCUUCAAAGGUAGGUGGAGAGGCACAUGGCACAGGUAAGGGAGAUUACUUUUUCCUUGAUAAGUGCAACGAUAUCAUGAAAUUGACUUAAUUGGUGGACAGGCACAUGGUAUAUCAUGUAAUGCAAUUUAAGUUCCAAUAAAAAAUUGGUAUAGGGGUACUCGGCUAAAUCUAUUUCAAUUUUCAUUUAUA